UCUCGCUCUUUUGUGGUCGAACCCUCAAGUUCGCCUCUGCGUUCGCGAAAUCGUUCUCGCUUGAUUAUUUUGCUUUGAACCAUUGYUCCUGUACGUUUUUGGUCCAUAUAUUAUUGUUAACCCCAAGGGACUAACUACGGUCACUGCCGUAACGAAGAAUCAUAUCAUACCUGACAAAGCUGUCGUGUGAAGUACCUAACCUUGCAAUUUGCAUUGCCUUUCAAAAUAUGCCUUUUAAAGGAGGAAGGAAAAAGGAAUUCAAGUGGCCACCCUUGGAUCCUAAAAGAACAUGCGAAUGGUGCUCCGCAACUUGGAUCAAGGAGCAUUUCAAACAACUUGGCAAGUUGUCAUGGAAACGUUGGCCAGGUGAUUUGCUCCUUGAUCUCCAGUACUGUGCUGAUUGUGUCACCGAGUACCAUCACAUCAGGGAGGAUUUUCUGGAACAAAAUCCAGGAAGAAAGAAGGACCUGUGGUCUAGUGAUGUUCAACGCUUGUCAGUAUUUAUCAAGCAGGCACUGAGUAACAUGGCUGCAAAACCUUGUACAACUCUUGAGAUGCUGGAUAAGUUAGAAAAUAAUUCUCAACACUUUGAAAGUGAUGAUUUAAAGCAAGCCUUGGAYGUUCCUAUAUUGGAGAUACUCCUGUAUCCUGAACUCUUGUUUGAUGGGUCUCUCAGCRCAUUAUUUCAAACUGCAUUGGAAACUUUGAUUGACAAUAAUUCUCCACCAAUAGUUAUCCAAAGACAUCCUGGCGUUAAUAUACUCUUGAUUCAUCCCUCUAAAAAGAUUCGUAARUGGGCUGAGAAAACUGUCAGAAGGAAAAAGCUUAGCUUAGCAGAUUAUGACAAUUGUGAAUGGUCUUUUGAAAAAAUCAUAGAAGUCUCUACACUCAACCUAUUUGACUUCAUGCCUGAAAGCCACAGUGAUUUUUCAGAUGGUGUUCUCCCAAGUCAUUUGUGGUCACCAAAUCCUUCAGUUUACUGGAAUGGAUUCCUUAAACUUCUCCUUAGCAUGGACCAAGAGGUUAUUAACUUGAAGAUGAUGAGGGUAUCUGAACACAAACAGAUUCCAGACACUYUKAUWAAYACYAUGGAAGGCAACCAUGGCAAUGAAAAAGCUGUAUUCUGGACAACUUUCAAUUGCCUAGURAUACUUAUAGAAAGCUGCUCCUCAAGGUUUUGGCCAAUGAUGUCACACUCUCCCUAUGUUGUCCUGAACCUAAUAAAGAACCACUCUGUGUAUUCAAGGGCAUUGAGACAUCAUUUGCAGAAUUAUGACUCUCAGCAAUCUUUUCAGGACUUUGACCUUGGAAGCCAAGAGUUUCCUUACGAUUCUCUACCAAGAUUAGCUCUUACUUGGUUUGAGACGUUUGUUGUUUCAGUGCUUGAUUUUGGAGAUGUUGCUUUAAAAUGUGUUUCAGCUGUCAUUAAAAUUUUACAAGAAUACUCAGGUAACAAAGAUGUAAAAAUCAAGAUUGCUCGUAUCUUAUCAAGAGUUAUACACAGUAACAGACUAUCAUCACUCGUGAACACUGUCCAGCUUUGGCUCCCUCACUUGUUAGAAUUAGCCAAACAAUUUGACGAUACUAAUAAGAUGCGAUCAGAAACUUUGCUUGCAAGAGAGUCUAUUAUUUUAUUGCUGAAGAGAGAUAAAGUGACAAUGAAGUUUGACGACUUCGCAAACCUUACCGAAGAAAAGAUUCAAGAUAUUAUCAAAUCCAUAGAACAAAUAAUAAAGCAAAGUCCACUCAAGGAAGCACCGAAAUUCAAACCCAACUGUGCCAGRAAGUCUAUGAGUGGGAUUAAAAUCAAGAAAGAAAAAGACAAAAUGGAUUCUUCCACUACAAAUGACCAGCCAACGUCGGUAUUCAGAGAAUCCAGGAUUUCUGAAUGUAACAUCAAAAAGGAAAAAGGCGAUGACAGCUCUACUGCAAAAUUCCAAAUCAAGACCAAGGAACGUAGAAUUGCUGAGUGCGAUGUCAAGAAGGAAAACGUUCCUACYGCGACUUAUCUAAACGUCAAAAGAAAAACUAAGUCACCAACAAUCACUCGGCCGAAACUUCUAAGUCCAGUAUUGAAGCUUGAGGACUGCCAAAAAGCAGGCUUUAACUGUUCCAAAGCAUCCUGUGAAACAGGUACAACGAAAGAUUGUGCUAUCAAUCUCGACAGCGAUGACGAUGACCGACCACUAGGGAAGAACGCAAGCACUAGCUCUUGUUCAAGUCCAGGUUCCUCCAAGAGGCCACUAAGUGACAGUGACUCAGAUGAUACUUUAUAUCGGCCGAGGAAAAGUAAACCAAAGAAAAAGAAACCUGUUAUCGUUUCUGAUAGCGAUGAUGACACAGACGACUCGGGUCGUCUAAGCGACGACGUCUUUUUGACUAAAAAACCUGGAAAAAUCGAAGACCAUCAAAGCGACGAAGAUUUUUGGGGUGACGAAUCAGUUAGACCAUACGAUUGCGGGGCGAUUGACGAAUCAGUUAGACCAUACGAUUGCGGGGCACAAACCYCAAGUACCACUCUAGGUUCUAGAACGAACAUUCUCMAAGCAUCCUUACCAAAUAAUAACAGUGUUAGCUCUAGGAGUUUUGAAGAAUCUAGCCUUAGUGAUUAUAAAGCGUUGUCAUUCAGCAUAACAGAAGAGAAUGAUCAGUUUUAUGAACUUAAAGAUCAAAACUAUGAUCCAGCAAAGAGCAAGGACAAAGAACAGAGGAUUGAUGAACAGUCUAAUGGCUCAAAGGCUUUGCGAAAUCAACUUGAGACUGAAGCGGACCUGACAAUAAAGUGGGAGCCUGGUGAUGAACUCUUGAAUGUCACUAACUACAGUUUGAAUGAUAAUAUAUCAUUCCCGGCACAGUCGGAACAAGAAAUAAAAAAAGAGCCCAAUGAUGAACUCUUUAACAUUAAUUCUAUCUCGCCCAGUGACCUGGGAAACUUGGAACAGACCAUAAAACAAGAGCCCAAUGAUGAACUCUUAAACGUUAAUUAUUCUAUCAUGCCCAGUGACCUUGGAAACCUGGAACAGGCCAUAAAACGAGAGCCCAAUGAUGACCUCUGCACUAAUGAUGACUGCGUACAGAACGAUAAUAUAUCCAACGUUUCCAAUAACGUUGAAGUCCGUGAACAAGUAAUCCAGAGCACAGAGCCGAUAAAACAAGAGCCGAAUGACGAACAAUUUCGUAUUCAAUAUACAGAUUCUGAAGGCGCUUUCAUCAUUGACGAGAUUGGUAAAAUCACKAGAGGAAUGGACACGGCCCUAUCAGAUGAUAGUGAUGUAUUUGAACAUGAUGACGAAUACAGAAAUGUGGAACAUUACAUUCCCUCUGAGGAAAUUGGUGUGGAUUAUUUUGAUGGCAACCUCAUUAGACCCGAGAGUGAAUCUAGAGAAAGGAGGUGGAGCGGCAGUUCAGGUCCCCAAGACAUGGAACUAGAAUAUUCACAAGGAGAGUUGCUCGACGAUUAUGGUGUUGAUUGCUAUAAUAACUCACCUCGAAGUCUUCUUCAACCAGAAGCCACUGAUCAGGGUAGUCAUGGUUAUCAACARCAAAGUAACUUUUCUAUCAUUGAAGAAGAAAAUAAGUCGGGCGAAGAUGAAUCUGAUGAUGAAGACAUAGUGGAAAUCUUUUUUAAACCUCCAUCUGCUGUCAAAGUCAAGGUUGAGAAGCCAGACGAUAUUUCUGAUGAAUCAGAAAAUAUUGAACCUUCAGUUCCAGAAAGUCCUCCCCAAUCAACAGCGCAACCGUUGUCCUCCUGCUCGGCCGUUGCCUCUGCUUCGUCUGCCCCUUCCCGCACUUUUACAACCGCAAAGUCCCUCUUCAGUGCACCUCCAGCUGAGAUCAAUUGUGAUAAGAUUAAASUCAGUGAGGGCCGGUUAAUGAAACAUAUCCUAUCCUGGAAAGUUKGUUGGUUAGAAUCUAAUGACAGAGCAGAGAUUGCUGUGUAUAAAGUGGUGGAGAAGACCGAGAGGUUGCCAAAGACUUUCGACACGAUGUAUAACUACUGUGAAUCAUUUGUSAAACUAAUGGUGAUCGAAGCAUUCGAGCAGGCUAAAAAAGACUGGCGAGAUCCUCGAGUCAAGAGAUUUACCACUAUGCCUGUCAUCACAUCCAUCAGCCCUGAUAAAAGUUCCAAAAUCAUACGAUGUGUGAUCAAUGAUGUCCCUCAGACCGAAAUCACAGAAAGGGAUUUASUUAUCGUAAGAGGUGAUAAUUUCGCCGAAUUUGGAUUGGUCGAAAAGGUAGAUCAAGAAAGAGUCCACCGGCGAUUGUCUUCUGGCAGUGAUACGAUGGAUUCCUGUUCUGAUCGAACCUACAACGUCACRUAUGAAAUUCGAACGACUCCUGCAGUCAAUUCCUCUGAAGGCAAAGGUAUCGAGCUGCAGCUCGUAACAUCACUCUURACAACAUUCCGUCAACUGUCAGGGCUGAUGAGCUUCAGCCGACAAUCUCUUCUGUCUAAGGAUAUACUUCGUCCAAGAGGGAUGAAGUAYUUUUGUUCAGAAGAGAGGCCCGUAGAAGUUAAUGCGAAUGAGCAUUACAACAAGUCUCAGGUUCGAGUGAUUGAGACUGCUGCCGAAGCCGUCAAGCAUCCCYUAGCGAUUCCGAGAAUUUGUUUGGUUCAGGGACCUCCUGGAACUGGAAAGUCACACGCCAUAGUUGGCAUGGUAACGCGGAUUUUGAACCAAGAAUGUGGUGAUUCAAAUCAGAGCCUAACAUCACAGAUCUUCCCCUCCCACCCUAGAGUUUUGCUGUGCUGUCCUUCAAAUGAGGGGGUUGACGAGUUAGUACGUAAACUGAUGCGAGCCAAGCCAAAAAUGACUCGUCCAAGAACAAAAAACGGACGAAAAGCCUCGGCUCAUAAAAACUGUGGUGAUUUCUCACUUGUUCGCGUUGGUCGGAAGUCCAAGAUUCAUGAAACCGUCAAAGAAGUGACUCUAGAGAGUAUGAUCCAGCGAGCGAUGGUAAAGGAAGGUUUUGGAGAACUUGAAUCCACUGCUCCGUUAAGGAACAAAAUCCAUCAGAUCGAAAAGAAAAUAGACGAAAUCCAAAAARAGAAAUAUGUUCUUAAAGAAGUUGACAGCAUUAAACAGAAUUUAUUGAAAGAGCAGYUGGAAAUACAGGAAAAGAAUUACGAAACUAAGCGACAGGAACUUAAACGAGAAUACCUGAAAAAGAAAGACCUGGCAAAGCGUUCAGGACGUAUGGAGGCGCAUAUUAAAAGAGACAUUCUCAAUGGCGCAGAUAUAGUCUGUACAACCCUUAGUGGUAGUGGGAGUACUACCCUUUUGAACGAACUCAGAGGAUCAAAAGCGACGAAAAUUCCAUUUUCUUGCGUCAUUGUUGAUGAGGCCUGUCAGUGCACAGAAUUGGACACUCUAAUUCCGCUGCAAUACAAGUCCUCUAAGCUCAUUUUGGUUGGAGACCCCGAACAGCUUCCAGCAACGGUCAUAUCUAAAGACGCCAAGAAGCUGUUGUACGGUAGAUCGAUGUUUGAUCGUCUUUACAGAUAUUUUAAAGAACUGCCCCGUAAGUCUUAUAUCCUUAUUUUGAAAUAUAUGGUUUUGCAGUGCGUCAUUUUAGCUGACAAAGUUCUUUAUUACUGUUUUUUUCACUUCAGGUCGAUUUGUAAUUUGAAGGAAGCGAAUUUAAUAACUCAACUGUGUCAGUGUCUGAUACAAAACAGCUUGAAACCAAACGAUAUUGGUAUCAUUACACCAUAUUCCUCACAGCGAAUGGAACUGAGGAAACUACUACGCUACAGUGGAGAAGUGCUCCACAACAUUGAAGUUAACACAGUUGAUGGCUUUCAGGGUCGUGAAAAGAAUGUGAUAAUCAUGUCAUGUGUACGUUCUGCCAGAAAUAUUGGAUUCCUUGAUUGUCCUAAUCGUUUGAAUGUUGCUCUUACCCGUGCAAGACAUGCAUUGUACGUCUUUGGKAAUCUGGACUCGCUAGAGAAAUCAGACUCAAUUUGGAAGAAGCUUAUAGAGGAUGGGAAGCAUAGAAUGUUGCAUUAUGAGGUUGACUCGGUUGAUGAUGUCAAACGAGCCAUCAAUGUCAUGAACUCUCCCAUAAGACAGUCUUCYACCWGCCAUAWCAAUUCUUCUGGCAGUCACAGUGCYAGUGCACAUGUCCACAACAGYRGUAGUGUCAAUAAGAGAAGUGACUCUCAUCGGCCAAGGCAUUCAUCAUCCAUUAGCAAACCUCAGCAUGCACAAACAACUACAAAGAAUGAAGAACUUAAGGCAUCACRUAAAGACAUCAGUACUGUAACAUCUGCUCAAGACAAACCUAAAACAGCAGUAAGCAAGAGACGAUUGACAAGUGAUUCAGACGAGGGAAGCAUCAAAAAAGUACGGUUUGGAUCUUCUGUGAAAGUGUUAGAGGAGAGAAGUGGAUGUGGUACACAUACUUAUACUCAACAUAUUAACCAAAGUUCUGCAAAGAGAACAAAUACAGAAGUCCACAGUUCAACAAAAGCAACUAGUACAUCGGUGCACAGUUCCUCUACAAAUCACAAUGCUAGUAAAAGUACCUCUACACAUACAAGAUCUAGUACUAACGAUAGAUCCUGCUCAACCARCACUGGUCAAGAAAAUUAUACAUCACUGCACAAUUCUACAAAGAAAACUAGUACAUUGGUGCACAGCUCAAAUACAAAUGGCCACACUAGCUGUACAAGUAUGUCUACACAUUCAAGCACUAGUAGAGAUGUUAGGACAUGCUCAACCAACACUCCACAGACAGUAAGCCAAGGCAGAAACAAGAAUAAUAAGAGUUCUAAAAAGAAUGAAGCUACCAUAAGUUCUGCUAAGGCAGUACAAACAACUGGCCAAAGUAACAAUAUCAGUGGCAGAGGAAAUGCCUCUUCAGUGAAUGAUAGACUACACACAACACAUSCAAAUAGAACUUCUUCAAAUGUCAGUCAACGUCGACUAGAUGAGGUUGCAAUGCGUGUAAGGGAAAAUAAUCAAAGACCACCUAACCCAGGUCUCAUUUCAACGGAUAAUUAUCGUCCUGGAAGGGCUGGYCGUUUGUUCUCGUUAGAAACCUGGCAGCCCUAUGGAGGCCCAAAGAACAGAAUUGCUUCCACUGUAUCGGCAUCAAGUGUUCGUGAUGUCAGAACGAGAGGACUGCAGAGUGGAUAUACUGAGCAUGCUCGUUACAGGCCACCAAAAAGACCUUCUUUACAGCAGAAUUUAGACAAUUUAUCGAAGAAAUCAAAAAGAAAGUAAUGUAUAACUUAAAGCUUUAGAAAUUUAAUACUAUAUACAUUAUUUAUAUCAUAUGCAAAAUUAUACUAAUAGUAUAUAUAGUGUAUUUAAUUAAUGUGGAUUACUGGGAAUCUAAGACUGGCAUGAUAGUGAGAGGUUUCAAAGUCAACUUGUGAAUUUUGAUGKUUUAAGUGAUUUCCAAACACUUUGAGUUCAGCRAAUGUGUGUUGCUUUUGCAAAUCAGUGGACCUCUWACAAUGCCAGCUUCAGAUCCACCAAAAGAGCUAUAUUAAUAUAAGUUUGUGUUAUAAUUUGUAAAUGUAGUAUAUUGCUGAGAGAUAUUUAUUAUUUAUAAGACUUUUAUAAUGAGUAUUAUUGUUAGUUGAUAGAUGGAAGCAACUUCAAAGGUAAGUUUUAUGAGUCAUUUCAUUAUUAUAUAAAUUUACAUAGUUAAGAUGAAUUGUAUGAACAUAUUAUUUAUACAUGCAUCCAUGAAAUWAUAAGUCUGUGGCCUCACUGUAUUGCCUUCAGGUAUUAUACCWGAGUAAUUUCCUAUUUAGUUGAAGCUAAAAUACAGUGAAUAAUGGAAAGCUAGCACGAGUUGUUUCAUGAAUAAAAUUAAUAAUGUGUGCCUCAUGGGCUAUAAUCAGCUCGUAGUCCACUUGCCCUCGAGAUCUAAUUGUUUUAGUAUUACCAUAACUAGUUGGGCAAAAAAUGAAUGAAAAUAACUAAAAUAUAUGUUUUUGCACUAAAAAUACACAAGAAGUUGUUGCUUUUCGCUAGUUGGGGACUAUUGAAAAUAGACCCCGAGUAGCGUAGCCAAUCAGAAUGAAGGAUUUGCAAUAGUCCACUAGUAUGGUAAUACUAAUUAUGAUAUUCUGCUAAUAUUCUGCUAUUAACAUUCCUGCUUCAUAGGCUUAUUGCCUUUACUUAUGAUCAGUUUAAGAAGCCAGUAUUACCCUUGAUGCUUUGGCACCUUGUAUAAUUAAAAAUGAAUAUACAAACUACAAAAUCAAUCAAAGCUUGUAUGGCUAGACUGACCAAUCAGAAACAAGCACUUCUUUUCAAAUAUAAAAAAAAAAAUGAUCCCAAAGCAUUAAGGGUGAUCAUUUGCUUUUUGAAAUGCAAGCUCUAUCACAAUCUGGACAAUUAACCRCACAAAUUUAGUAAAGGUUUAAGUUUUGAUCUACUUCAGCAUCAUUAAAAAGGAUAAUUAGUAAAAAAUAUUAAAAGAUUAAGAUAGAUUGAGUAAUAAAUUGUUGAUAGAUCAAAAA